AUGUCGUGCUGCUUCUGUAACGCGAAUACUUACGAUUACGGCUACGGUUACGGGCAACUGACAAUCUGCUUAGCCUGCUUCGAAGGGGGGAAAAGCAUAAUCUUGUUGACCAACAAGCCUAAAAAAAUUAAAACUAUCAACAAUGAUUCUUUUUCUCCAUCAAGUUCCAAUAAGGGAUUUGUGAAGGCCUUGAAGUGGAUGAAGUUGCAAGAAGAGAAGAUAAAGUUGGAAGAUGAGAAGAUGACUUAUUUAAGUGGCUUUGCUACCGCUUUGAAGGAUCAAAUCCACACUGAUAUUCAAGUCAUGUCCGGUGACAACAAGCCCCCGAUACCCGCUCAUAGAGGAAUAUUGGCAACAAGAUCGACAAUAUUUCGUAACAUGUUGGAUUCAGACCAAUGCAAAGCUCCGGCAAAUCAAACGAUAACGCUAUCGGAGCUGAAUCACGAGGAACUAGAAGCCCUACUCGAGUUCUUGUACAGUGGAAGCCUUCCAAAAGAGAAGAUGGAGAAACUUGUUUGCCCGUUGGCUUUAGCUGCAGACAAAUACGAGAUCCCUUUCCUGCAAAAGUUUUGCCAUCAAGUGAUGCUUGGAUCACUGAAGUCAUCCAACGCACUUGAUAUCUUGGAAAUAUCCGACACUUGCAACAACAAAAACCUCAAAGAAACAGCCCUAAGCUUCAUUGUAAGAAACAUGGAAGAAAUAGUUUUCUCCCCUGGCUUUGAUGACUUCGCGCUCAAGAAUCAUCAUCUACAUACACAGAUCACAAGGGCAUCCCUCACGAAUAAAAAAAGAAAGAUUGGUGCUUAGUUUGAUUCUAUAGAUUUUUCCUUCCUUUUCUUUUGCAUUAUUUUUUCCUCUCUUAGUUGAAGACAGUCCACCAAGGCGUACGCAAGAGCCAACGUAAUCCUCGUCUCUAGGGAUAUU